AUGGUAACAGUCGCCCUACCGGUAGUUUUGCUACACCUUGCUAUCGGUCAGCUCAGCCCAACAAAAGAUGCAGUUGGAGUAUGGAGGGCUGUACCAUUCUUUAGAGGUGUUGGUUACUUGAGAAUGCUGGUGUCAUUUUUGGGAUCCGUGUACACCAGUAUUUAUGUGGCCCUGACUGUUACAUAUUUUUUGUACACGUUAAGUAAUUCAAUCCCUUUCUUGGAUUGCAUGGAAUUGAUAACAGAGGAGGAAGACAUUAGAAGAAAUUUGAAUGCGUCUGAAUGUCUGGACGCUACUUUUAUGUCGCCCAUUACCGAGAACCCGGAGUAUUAUUUAGCUGUAGCGUUGAUAAUCGUGGUUUUGUGGAUUGCGUUUCCUUUCAUAUUUUACAGUCCAGUAAAAUUAAUAAAACGAAUAUAUUACGUGUGCGGACCCAUACUGUUGUUGCUAUGUAUCGUAUUAGCCUCCGUGCUUGGAGACAGCGCCAACAUUUCCUCGAUAUUGGCCAGCAACGACUGGAGUAACUUCUUGCACCCGGACAUCUGGCACGGCGCGGUGGUGCAGGCACUCUUGUCCACGCAGAUCGCGGGAGGCUUCCUCAUAUCCACGGGGAUUCCGUGUACGCUAGCACAAACGUUCAAUGGAAUUAUAACAAUGCUUACCUUACUGCUUCCGAUAUACGACCGAUUGCGUCGUGUCGGUGGGGUUAAGUGGCGAGUAGUGUCGUUUGGGGCGUCCAUCGCGGGCGCUGGCGUGUCUCUGGCGGCACUGGCUGGCAGAAUACCGGCGCUCACGCUCAUAGAAGACACCGCGGUUCCAUUCCUGACUAGCGUAGCAACCAUCGUUGAGAUUUUAGCGUUCAAUUUCAUCUAUGGGUGGAAAGUGUUAGUAGAAGACGUAGAGUUCUUGACUGGCAGUGAGUUGUGCAAGUCCUGGGUGUGGGGCUGGUGCGCCGCGCCGGGAAUCAUUGCUCCUAUAUUCGUUUGGUGGAGUGCGACGAUAUUUAUCGGCGACCCGGCGUGGACCGAGCCUCCUUGGACGGCGAGCUCUCUCGCGGCAACUACUGCGACUGCCGUCGUCAUCUUCUUAGUCUUCGCUACAGUAUCCAUUUGUAGACAAGUACAAUACGAUUUUAUUGGGAAACUUACUUCAUCAUUCAAACCAUCCCGCCAUUGGGGCCCGCGGGACCCGAUCACCCACUAUUACUGGUUAGCCAGCCGAGAAGAGGCCGACAGGGGUAAUAUGCCAAGAAACAGAUACUACAGAAGACAGCUUGGACAGUUGUCCACGAGGCCUAGCAUCCUGCACGUGCCCAAUGUUACUAACACCAAGCAAAUUACGGAUUUCAAAAGACGAUCGAACUCUGACGAUUGGUUGUACACGGUGUACAGAAAAAAAUACUUAACACAUGUGUUACACGAACAUGUUAGCGAAAGGAGACGGUCGAAGUCCCUCGACUGGGCCGUCUCGAACGUCUUCAAGAGGAAUUCAGAUAUUAUUAGCAUCAGUAAGGACACCAUAGAUCCUAAGGAAACUAAUAAUAAUGUUAUUGAUAGAUAUGUAAGUGACAAUGUUUUGAAAUAAAUGUAAGUACAUGUUUAAA